CAGAGUGUCAGCUAGUUAUUUGUGGGGAGGCGCUGUAGCCAUUUCGCCACAUGAAAGCCCGAUGAGCUGAACGACCAACAUCCGAGUUGUUCGCGGAGAAGAGAAAUCAGCUUUGAGGAGCUCCGCGCGUACGCACACGUCCACUAACUCACGCGCAAAGACGCACGGCGCACAGACACGCACACUUCCUCCUCGUUCUCCGUGGAAAAAAAAGAAGCGAGAGAGAGAGAGGAACAGAGAGAGAGAGGGCACACGAAACGCAAACUUCCAACUCUCCCAUGUGGAAAGCAGAGGUUUGAAGAUAAGGUGUAUUUUUUCCUCUUCGGGGCUCCAUUCCUUCCCCCUUCUCUCCCUCUCUUUCUCUCUCUCACUGCUUUUGCCCGGAUAUUUGUGUUUCUAUGAGAGUCUUGCUCGGCGAGAAGAGAAGUUUGGUUGUUUGCCUGGUCGGCUGAGGAGGAGGAGGAGAAGAGUCUGGUUAAAAGUAAGGGGGAAGAUGGUCCACAACGCCGCUUGGAGAAGAAGCUUGCUAUGCGUCCUGGCGCUCAGUCUCGGCUUUGCGUCUCCGCCGUGCAAAGCUCGGAUUUACACCAACCACUGGGCAGUCAGGAUAGCCGGGGGACCCGAGGUGGCCGAGUGGAUAGCGGAAAAAUAUGGCUAUAGGAACAUGGGACAGAUUGGAGAUCUCAAAGACCAUUAUCACUUCUUCCAUAGUCGGACUAUCAAGAGGUCAACCUUGUCCAGCCGUGGUCGCCAUAAUUUCAUCUCCAUGGAGCCCAAGGUGGAGUGGAUACAACAGCAGGUGGUGAAGAGGAGGAUCAAGAGGGAUUACAGACAGGCCCCGCCCCUUUCCCUGUCCAGCCCCGCCCAAAGCAGCCCGGCCCAAAACAACAUAUUCUAUAAUGACGCCAAGUGGAGCAGUAUGUGGUACAUUCACUGUAACGAUGAUGUUCAUAACUGCCAGUCGGAUAUGAACAUCAUGGGGGCGUGGAAGAGGGGCUACACGGGGAAAGAUGUGGUGGUGACCAUACUGGAUGACGGGAUCGAGAGAAACCAUCCAGACCUCUCUCAGAACUACGAUCCUCAAGCAAGCUAUGAUGUCAACAGCAACGACGUGGAUCCAAUGCCUCGAUAUGAUGCAACCAACGAAAACAAACAUGGAACACGGUGUGCGGGUGAAGUUGCAGCAGCUGCAAACAACUCCCACUGCAUUGUGGGAAUUGCCUACAAUGCCAGAAUAGGAGGUGUGCGAAUGCUGGAUGGGGAUGUAACAGACAUGGUGGAGGCCCGGUCUCUGAGCCUCCACCCGCAGCACAUUGACAUCUACAGUGCCAGCUGGGGACCUGAUGAUGAUGGAAAGACUGUUGAUGGACCAGCAUCUCUGGCCAGGCAGGCCUUUGAGAACGGCAUCCGCACGGGGAGGAAGGGCCGUGGCUCCAUCUUUGUCUGGGCUUCAGGUAAUGGCGGGCGCAGCAGAGAUCACUGCUCCUGUGACGGCUACACCAACUCCAUCUACACCAUCUCCAUCUCCAGCACGGCCGAGAGUGGACGCAAGCCCUGGUACCUGGAGGAAUGCUCGUCCACGCUCACCACCACCUACAGCAGCGGCGAGAACUACGACCGAAAGAUAAUCACAACAGACCUGAGACAUCGAUGUACAGACAGUCACACAGGGACAUCCGCCUCAGCUCCCAUGGCUGCUGCCAUUAUUGCUCUGGCCCUGGAGGCAAAUCCUCUUCUAACGUGGAGGGAUGUUCAGCACAUCAUUGUGAAGACCUCAAGAGCCGGACAUCUCAGUGCUCCCGACUGGAAGACAAAUGCUGCUGGUUACAACGUCAGUCACCUGUACGGCUUCGGCCUGAUGGACGCUGAGGCGAUGGUAAAGGAGGCAGAGCGAUGGAAGCAAGUCCCUGCUCAACACGUCUGCGUGGAGAGCGCUGACCGACAAAUCAGAACCAUCCGUCCAGAGCACGUGGUCCGGUCGGUGUACAAAGCCACAGGAUGCACCGACAACCCCAACCACCAUGUGAUCUACCUGGAGCAUGUGGUCGUACGCAUCACAAUAACACACCCUCGCCGUGGAGACCUGUCAAUCAACCUGACUUCACCCUCAGGGACCAAGUCUCAGCUGCUCGCCAACAGGUUGUUUGAUCACUCCAUGGAGGGUUUUAAGAACUGGGAGUUUAUGACCACCCACUGCUGGGGAGAGAAGGCAGCAGGCGACUGGGUCCUAGAAAUCUAUGACUCACCUUCUCAACUUCGCAGCCAGAAAGUACCUGGCAAACUGAAGGAGUGGUCGCUGGUGCUGUAUGGCACCUCAGUCCACCCGUACUCGUCCCACAUAGAGAAGCCUCGCUUCGCAGAUCCGAGUACCGAUGAGGAGUUCACAGAGGAGUACAAUGGUCCCUGUGACUCUGAAUGCAAUGAGAAUGGCUGCGAGGGUCCCGGACCCCAUCACUGCAAUAACUGCCUCCAUUACUUCCUCAAGUUCAAGAACAACACAAGGAUGUGCGUGUCUGAGUGCCCCAGUGGUUUUUUCCGUGACGAUAGGAAGCGCUGCAAGAAGUGCUCCUCCUUGUGUGAGACCUGUGUUGGAAGUCGCAGCGACCAGUGUACCUCAUGCAGGACAGGUUCCCACCUCAAUGAGGGCUCCAACACGUGCGUCACCACCUGUGCCGACGGCUUCUACCUCGAUAAAGAUUUCAACAUUUGCAGGAGAUGUCAGGAGAACUGCAAGAAGUGUACGACCUCCAGUAUCUGCACAGAAUGUAAACCUGGGAUGAGUCUUCAAGGAAGCAAGUGUCAGAUGACCUGUGACCCAGGAACUUAUUACAACGGCCACAGAAAGACCUGUGAACUCUGCCAUCGGGCCUGUGCCACCUGCGCAGGCACAGGUAUAGAAGCAUGCACUAAAUGCGCAGACAGCUACUUACUUGAGGAUUGGCGCUGUGUGUCAACAUGCAGCUCCGGCUACUACCUGUCAGAGCAGACCUCCGACAACGGGCAGGUGCAGAGGUCCUGUAAGAAGUGUGACAAUAGCUGCUACGAGUGCUUGGGGCACGGGGAAAGAAACUGCAGCAGCUGUGUCAGUGGUUACAACCUGGAGGCAGGAGCCUGCGUGGUCAGCACCAUCUGCAAAGAUGGAGAGUACAUGAGUAAACAUGGAAAGUGCCACCUGUGUGAUGUUACCUGUCUGCAGUGCACAGGUCCAGAGAGGGAGGACUGCACCAGCUGUCCUUCAACAUGGUUGUUUGAUGAUGGCCGCUGCGACAUCCACUGCCAGUUGGGUCGUUACGCCAUGGACAGACAAUGCCAUCUCUGUCACCCCACCUGCAAGGAGUGCAACGAUGAAGGACCUGAAAACUGCACGAGCUGCGACAAAGAUAAGUUUGGCGACUCCAGGUACCUCUUUAAGGGUCAGUGCCUGGACGUCUGUCCAGAGGGGUUCUUCGGCUCUGCGAGGAAGUGCUGUGAAGCCUGUGCUGCAGAGUGCUUCAUCUGCGCUGCAGCAAAUCUCUGCCUCGAGUGCCGCCCAGGAUACAACGUCAAAAAUGGCCUCUGCAUCCCACUGAAGUGCAGCGCAGGUGAGGUUCAAGAUGAGGAGAACGAAGACUGUCUCCACUGCGAUGAGGGUUGUGAGCAAUGCAAACGUGAUGAUUCAGGAGAUGAAGAGCAGAAAACGGUUUGCCUCAAAUGUGAACAUGGUUACUACCAGUUAGGAGAUAACUGUCAUCUGUCUUGUCCAGAUCAGACCUACAGUGUGAACGACACCAUGACUUGUGAUCCUUGUGAAGACAAACAUUGUGCAAACUGUGACAAGUCCCAGUGCUACUGGUGUAAAGAGGGAUUCUAUGUUUCAGAGGGAGAGUGUGUGGAUCACUGUGUGGAAGGUUUCUUUGUGGAUGAGGAGAGCCAGGAGUGUGAACCUUGUCACCGCAGCUGUCGCGCUUGUGGAGGGCCACAAUAUGACGACUGUGACUCCUGCGAAGAUGGCUUCACGCUGAAAGACGGGAAGUGUUUAGACGGCAGCCUGAUGGCCGCUUGUCCUGAGAAUCACUUCAGAAACAGUAAGGACACAUGUGAGCUGUGCCACUCCUCCUGUAAGACUUGCAUUGGUGAAGACAGAGUGGACUGCAGCAGCUGCUACCCAGGUCAUUUUUUGACUGCUCAGCAGACUUGUUUGUCUCGCUGUCCGUCUGGUACGUUUGCCAACAAGACGUCUGGCCGGUGUGAGGACUGUCUGGAAGGGUGUGUCAGCUGCCAGGAGGCCAAACUGUGCCAGCGGUGUCGCAGUGGACUUUAUCUGCAAAAUGGAGUGUGUGUGGUGGAGUGUCGGAGAGGGUUUCCUCAAGAUGAUGUAUGCCAGAUGUGCUCCCCAGAAUGUGAAUCCUGUGAGGAAAAACCUACCCGCUGUCUGAGCUGUGAGGAACGGUUCUUGCUGUUGGAUCACUCCUGCAGAUCCUACUGUCCAGAGGGCUAUUAUGCGACCGACACAGAAUGCCAUCACUGCCCUACUCACUGCGUCAAGUGUAAUCAGGAUGGCCUGUGCGAGAAGUGUGCACAUUACCACUUCCUCCAUAAUGGGACGUGCGUGGAUGAUUGUCCUGGCGGCUAUUUUGCUAAUGACAAGCAAGAUGAGUGUGUGCGUUGUCAUGCUGACUGUGGCGCAUGUGAUGGACCAGGAUUUGAUGACUGCAUUGAGUGUCGCAACAAAAAAGCUGUCCGUUACAAAGGAGAGUGUCUGCCUAAGUGUCCCAGUGGCACUUACUAUGAUAAGACAACCAAUGAAUGCAGAGAUUGUGACAGGUCAUGUCUGACCUGCUCAGGUCAUGAGCCCUCAUCCUGCCUCAGCUGCGACACUGACAGGCGUAAAGAUGCCACCGGACACUGUGUGUGGUAUCGUCAAUGCGCCUUGCAAUCAUACAUGGAUCAGAGUGGGGAGUGCCAACAAUGUCAUAAACUUUGCCAUCGCUGUUCUGGACCAGGCAAAGACCACUGCCUCAGCUGCAAUGAGCCGUACUUCCUAAUGAAUGACACGUGUGUGCAGGAGUGUCCUGUGGGUUACUAUGCCGACAAGGACGUUCGUGUGUGUGAGCGCUGCCACUUCACCUGUCAGUCAUGUGUUGGCCAUCACAGUGUGGAGUGUGUCACCUGUAAACCGGGAUUCUUCAAGCAAGGAAUCAACUGCGUGGAAACCUGUUCAGAGAGUCACUUUGGCAACAAGACCACCAUGCUUUGUGAACGAUGUGACCCGUCUUGUAGCAAUUGUUGGGGUCAUAGUAACAGGAACUGUCUGAGCUGCCGGGAGGGUUAUGUCUACCUGAGACAGUGGGGACAGUGUCUGCAGAGAUGCCCUCUAGGCUACUACCAAGACAGUCAGUCCAAAACCUGUCAGAAGUGUCACCCCACCUGCAAGGACUGCACUGGUGAAGGCGCUCUGUCCUGCGGGUCUUGCUAUGAUGGAUUCACUCUUAUGGGUGGCAUCUGUAUUAACCCAUGUAUGGUGGGCUUCUACCCUGCUCCACAGGACCCUGGGCUGAAGAACAGUAAACCAAACUGCAAAGCAUGCGACCCGUCUUGCCUGAGCUGUCGUGGUCCCAGCGUGUGGAACUGCACUGAGUGCCACAUACUCCCGUUCGUGUCUGAUGACGGCCGCUGCUUGAGCUGCUGUGGAAAUGAGUCGCGCCACAAUGAUAAGCCGAUACCCUGGGAGUGCUGCAACUGCGAGUCAUCAAUAAUGGAGUGCAUCAUGGGUGUCAACUAUGUGGUGAAGGAAGGCGAUGAGGCUCAAGACAGCACAGUCAGCAUCUUUGUCACUACUUGUGUUCUGCUCAUCCUCAUUGUGGGCGUAGGGUUCUUCAGCUUUCUCAGUGCUCGAUCUAAAACAGCCACCAUUGCACACAAAACCAGAGCUGGAGGCUAUGAGAAAGUGGACACCAAUGGAAGUGUUGCGUUACAAUCCACCACCUCUGAGUUUGGGGAGUACAGCGACCGAAUCAUCGGAUGUGAAGAUGAUGAAGAAGACGAAGAUGAAGAUAUUGUGUACAUGGGACAAGAUGGAAUGGUGUAUCGGAAGUUCAAAUACGGACUCUUGGAUGAAGAUGACAUUGAGCUAGAGUAUGAUGACGAGAGCUACUCAUAUAGUUGAAAAGAAAGCACCUUGAAUGUACAUAAGGA